GAUCAAGUCCGCCUCGUUGUGUAAAGACACCCUGCUACGCUCAGUGUUUGGAGGCGCCCUGUCCAGGAUGUACCGCUUCCCCACCACCGAUGGGAACCACCUACGAGUCCUGGAGCAGAUGGCAGAGAGCGUCUUGUCGCUCAACAUUCCUCGACAGUUUGUCAAGCUGCUGCUGGAUGAGGACAUGGCCAGGUACGACCGCACACCUGAACGUUCCAAGGGUUAUGUAACCUGACAGACAGGAAAUCAAAAAGAAAUCAGAAAUAUAUAUAUGUCUUUUAAUCUUUUUUAGUAUGUUUUUAUAUUGUGAUUUGCAUAUAUGUGGGAAUUUGCACUCAAGUUUUUCACUCACCUGUACACUUGUGCACUGUGAUGUGACAAUAAAUCUGAACUGAACUGAACUUAAA